AGUCGCGCGGCUCUUCCUUCGGGACGGAAGCUGGUGUUCCAAGGGAUGCUGCCGGAGGCGGAGAAAGGGGAGGUAUAGCCGUCGGCUGUGGUGAGCGGUGCCGCGGUUGUUGGGGCCCUUCGCGAUGUUGCCAUGUAGUUAAGUCGAAGUGUCAGAGUUGGCAGAAGCUGGAACUGACAGCAGCUUACUCUGCUCCCCGGAUUCGAACCACUGACCUUUCAGUCAGCAAGUUCUGUCCUUUUCUUUAGGGUACCUUGAACAUGGUUUCCUCUCUCAGAAUCUAAAUAUUUCUUUGGUUCUUCUUGUCCCAGAACCUCAGCCAGAAUGCAACAAGCUUUAGAAUGUGCUCUGGAUCGUGCUGAGUAUAUCAUUGAGAGUGCACGUCAGAGGCCCCCCAAAAGAAAAUAUUCAUCUAGUGGAAGGAAAUCAGUAUUUCAAAAAUUGUAUGAACUUUAUCUAGAAGAAUGUGAUAAAGAACCUGAAAUAAAGAAGCUGAGACGAAAUGUGAACUUAUUGGAAAAACUUGUUAUGCAAGAAACACUGUCGUGCCUGGUCGUGAAUUUGUAUCCAGGAAAUGAAGGUUAUUCGCUGAUGCUCAGAGGAAAGAAUGGCUCAGAUUCAGAAACAAUUCGGCUUCCCUAUGAAGAAGGAGAAUUACUCGAAUAUUUGGAUUCUGAAGAACUUCCCCCUAUUUUAGUUGACCUGCUGGAAAAAUCUCAGAUCAACAUUUUUCAUUGUGGAUGUGUCAUAACAGAAAUACGUGAUUAUAGACAGUCUGGUAAUCUGAAGUCCCCAACAUAUCAAAGCAGGCACAUUCUUUUACGUCCAACAAUGCAAACAUUGGUUUGUGAUGUUCAUUCCAUUACAAGUGACAACCACAAAUGGACACAGGAAGACAAACUCCUACUAGAAAGCCAGCUCGUACUAGCUACAGCUGAACCCCUCUGUCUAGAUCCCUCAAUUGCUGUAACAUGUACAACAAACAGAGUUCUCUACAACAAGCAGAAAAUGAAUACCCGCCCGAUGAAACGGUGUUUCAAGAGAUACUCCAGGUCAUCGCUGAAUAGACAGCAGGAAGUGAAUCAUUGCACAACACCACCACAGCUUAAAUUGUUAGAUUAUGUGCAGAGAAGAAGGGAGAGAAAAGCAGCCCCGCAGCAUGACCUCAAAAUUUCAAAAGCUGGAAAUUGCGUGGAUAUGUGGAAACAGGCUCCUUGCUAUUUGAGUGUGCCAUCGGAAGUAGAUGUGGAAAAAUAUGCCAAAGUGGAAAAAUCUAUCAAGACUGAUGACUCGCAGCCAAGUGUUUGGCCAGCACAUGAGGUAAAAGAAGAUUAUGUCUUUGAAUGCGAAGUUGGAAGUCAACUGCAGAAAACAAAACUGACAAUUUUCCAGUCUUUAGGGAAUCCGUUAUACUAUGGCAAAAUACAGAUGAUUCAAAGCGAAGAAGAAAAUGAGAUCCCAACUGUUCCGUCACAGUUUCUUAUUGGCUCAAAGUCAGAAGCUGUAAGAGUGGUCAAUCAAUACCAGGAACUUGUUCAAAAUGAAGCUAAAUGCACAGUGAAGAUGUUUCAUAACACCAAUGGAGCAGUCUAUUUAAGUGAACUUUCUCCUGGGAAGGAAAUGGAACAGCCUGAGAAUAUAUCAGGAUAUGUUCAGCCAUCAUUAUUGGGGAAAAGUGUGAAAUACCGGCCACCUCCCAUCAAAAUGCCUUCAAAUUCAGGAGGCAGCUCGUCAGGUAGUAUUUUUAGUCAACAGCAGUCAAGUGGCCACCUGAAAGCCCCGACUCCUCCACCUCCUGCCCCAAAGCCUCCCUCAGUGUCUCGGAAGCAGUCUCUGGACCUGAAUCAGCUGAGCUUGCUUUCUCCAGCAGCUAUGUCUCCAGCAAGCUCUUCACAAAGGUCUGGAACUCCUAAGCCAUCUGCUCCUCCUCCAACCAGCACCCCUUCAUCGACCCCACACCCUCCUCCUGAUGCUCAGAGCUCCACUCUGACUGCCCUUUCUGCCACCCCUACUCCCCAAGAUUCAGGCUUCGCCCCUCCACCCACCUUGCUCACCCCGUUUGCUCAGCAGCAAAUGUCUCUGAGCCAGGCACUGCCUGUAGUGACCAUUCCUAUUUCCACCGUGGUAACAUCCACUACUACAGGAACCUCCUCCGACCAGGUCAUGGCCAACACUGCAGGACUUAACUUCAUCAAUGUAGUGGGCUCUGUGUGUGGUGCGCAAACAUUGAUGAGUGGCUCAAACUCCAUGUUGGGGUGUAGUACUGGUGCAAUAAGCCCUGCAGGCAUAAACCUAAGCAGCAUUUUGCCACCAGGAGGUCUAGUGCCAAGCACGUUGCCUGCAGCAAUGCAGCCCACCUCUCAGCCAGGUCGCAUGUGGCCCUUUGAGUUUAACAAAUGGUCCAGGUCUUCAUUCUCUGAAUCUUUUGCAGCUUCCAGAUGGCUCACUGAUUUUCAACCCUUUGCAGCAGCAGCAACUCUCCCAGUUCUCAUCCCAACCACCUCCAAUUUCAAGUUCUCAGCAACAGGGAGAUCAAUAGUGACAGCUCUUCUACCAUCAAAUGGUUACGACAGCAGAGGUGGCAACAGCACAAGCAGCUGCACUGCCACAUUCAGGCAGCCAAUCAAAAAGUGAAAAAGAAGUACCUCACGUCCACUUAAUUUGUAAAGUAUUUGUUGGAUAUGUAUAUUUAUAGGUUUUUUAAUUACACUGAAUAAAGUUUUCUGAUAAAAUUGAA